GCCGUGGUCACAUUUUGACACAGGUGUUAAAUAAAAAAGCUUAAAGCUUAUUUUUUUGUUUUAAGAUAAAAGUCUGAAUUCAUACAAAAGAUAAUAGUUGAAUCGAUAUUAAAUGAAUACAUGUAAAUUAGUUAACUGCAAGAAACAUCGAUGUUGCUCCACCUCUAGUGCCCUAUGUGCUCAGUAGCUGUAAUAAUAAUACUAACAACAACACUUCAAACUGCAUCGCAAUCGAACGCGGCAAUCCAAAGAUGACACUGACCGUGUGUGUCAGUGAUUAUUGGCAGCAUCGCCAUUACUUUAAUCAACAGCCGGCUAAUAGUCCAGUGCGUCGACUGUCCCUGCAACUGGACGCCAUCACUGCCAACUAUUUGCUCCGGGAGCUGCUCCAGCAAAAAGUGCUCGCCCAGAAGCUGCAGCAGAACGAUGGUGUGGAGCUGCUGUGGCUGGCAUUGUCGCCCCCAGAGCGAGACACCAUCGACUACAAGUGGGGCGAGAUGUUGAGGCAUACGAUAUGGGAGCAUGUGGAGGUCGAGCAUCUAAUGUCCUGGCUCUCGACGCUGGGCGGCGGCUUCUCAGCCCUGGGCGAACAGUUCGAGCGAUGCGCGGAGACAGCGGGCAAAAUCUCGCUGCAACAGCUGACAAUUGGUCUGCGCCUGGGCGAUCCUUUCCUGCAGGCUCGCUGCAAACUCUACUACAGCAUAUCGUUAAUACAGCGCGGCCAAUUGCGUCAGGCGAAGCAUUUGAUACGCAGCCAGCAUCGUUUUGCACUUCAAUUCAAGGAGUACGAUCAACGUUUGAUGCGCAUGUGCCUCGGCAUCUGGUUGCGACUGCGCUUCGAGUAUGAGGAGCGGCGGAGUAGGCGUUGCCGUCCAUCCGCUGGACACAGUCAGUGAUAAACUCUUAUAUUUUUCGUUUAGGUUUUUUUAUGCAGAAAGUUGGAAAGAGAGAGCGAACAAUUGUUUGAUGUUUUUUUAGUCGUUUUAAGCUGAAAUAUAUACACAAUUCUAUAGAUAUUCAAAAUGUGUGGUUGCAUUCAAUAUAUUUAUUUAUAUAAUAUAUAUAUAUCUGCAUAUAUAUAUAUACGUAUAUGUGUGUGUGGUGUAUGUAAAAUAUGUACGUAUCAAAUGCUUUUUAACAUUUAUUAAACUGCUCUCUCAUGGCCGGCAGCAAAUUCAAUACAUCGAAAUUUUGUUACUUAAACUAUGCAGUUUCUGUUUUUGCUCUUUGUUUCUUCUAAUGUGUGAGUGUUGUAAUUUCGUAUGUAGAUUAAUUAAUAGUAUAUGCUACUAAAAGAAUUGACGCGUCAUGCAUAUUCAAAGAUACAUUUGUCGCAUGUGUCGGUGAUUCAUUCUGUUUUGAUCGCUUAAUAAUGAGCCAUAAUUAUGCAUAAUA